UCUCUGUGUAACUCUGGCUUUCAAAUAAAUAAAUAAAUCUUUUAAAAAGAUGGGUUUAUUUAGCUCACAGUUUCCAAAGCUGAAAAUCUAAGAUCAGGUGGCCCCAUCUGUUGGCCUCUGGUGAGGGCAUGUUGCGUCACAACAUGGCAAAUGACAUCAUGGCAAGAGCACCUGGACAUGUGACAGAUGGGAUGGCAAGACCAGAAGCUGGAGAGCGGGGAGGGCCAGUCUUGCUCUUCACUAACAACCUACUCUCACAGGAAGGAGGUCUCAUGAGAGCGCCGUCCCUUCUGGGGGGGCCUCACUCUAGGCCCCGCCUCUUAAAGUUUCCACCACCUCUUAACAUUGAUUCCCUGAGGACCAAGCUUCUAGCGCAUGAACCUCUAGGCGACAAACCACAUCCCAAACCAUAGAGCCUGUAGUGAAGCCAACCUCACAGGGGCAGGACCUCCCAGCCCCCAGCACACGUGCAUGCGCCCGUGUGUGUGUGUGUGUGUGUGUGUGUGUCUGGGAGGCAGGGGUUGCUACUGGAAGUCAUUGGAAGCAGCCAGAGCCCCCAGUCCUCAGCCUCUAUGAUGUCACAAUCAGAUUUCUUUCCUUCUAUCCUGGACUGUUACUUCCGAGGCUGUUGUGGUCAUGGGGCUCUGGAAACCAGCAGGGAGAAGGGAGCUUGGUGGCUCUGAUCUCCCCUGGGGACACAGGACAGCCAGGCAUGCCGCUGUUAAAGGAUGCCACGCCCAUGGUAAAGGAGCUGCGGCCCCCGCCGCCGGUCCCCCUUUGCUGGUUCCUCCCGAGCCUAUUUGCUGCCUUCAACGUGGUGCUGCUCGUCAUUUUCAGUGGUCUCUUCUUUGCAUUCCCGUGGCUGGCUCAGCACGGGAACUGGGCCUUCCCCACCGUCACAGGCCUCCUCUUUGCCCUUACCUUCUUCAGUCUCGUUACACUCAACUUCUCAGACCCUGGUAUCUUACAUCGAGGCUCCGGCGAGCAGAGCCCCAUGACGGUGCACGUGGUGUGGGUGAACCACAGAGCCUUCCGCCUGCAGUGGUGCCCAAAGUGCUGCUUCCACCGCCCGCCCCGGACCUACCACUGCCCCUGGUGCAACAUCUGUGUGGAGGACUUCGACCAUCACUGCAAGUGGGUCAAUAACUGCGUCGGUAACCGCAACUUCCGCUUCUUCAUGCUGCUGGUGCUGUCCCUGUGCCUCUACUCGGGCUCCCUGCUGGUCACCUGCCUGCUCUUCUUGCUGCGCACCAGCCACCUGCCCUUCUGCAUUGACAAGGCCAUGGCCAUCCUAGUGGCUGUGCCCGCCGCGGGCUUCCUGGUGCUGCACUUCCUGCUGCUAACGAUCCAGGUCCUGUCGGUGAGCGCGGCCGAGCGCUCCUACGAGGGCAAGUGCAGAUACCUUCAGGGAUACAACCCCUUUGACCAGGGCUGUGUCAGCAACUGGUAUUUAGCAAUUUGUGCACCGCUGGGACCCAAGUACAUGGCUGAAGCUGUCUGGCUGCAGAGAGUGGUGGGGCCCGAGUGGGUGCCGGUGCACUUCCCGACAUGCCCCUCCACCCACAGCCCUUCGGUCCUCCCUGGCCUCCAGCCCCGACCCUCCUGCUGCCACAAACCAGGGCAGGGCCCUCCGGGGAGUGGAGAGGCCGCAGCUGUCCAGGAGCUCCACCCCGGCCCGGUGCUGCCCCCGCUACGGGAAGCCCCCAGGCGAGGUGAGGCCCCUCAUUCGCCCCUCCGCACCCGGCGAUGCCAGGAGCACCUGCGUCUCAACAUCACCUCCUGAGGCUCUCCGUGCCCCGCCCUUGCCCCUCCCCGCACCUAUUAAAGUCCCUGAGGCUGCCUCCUCCAGCUGGCUGCCUGGCUGUGCCUCUUUGCUGCGUGCGGGGGAGCGGGAUCGGAGGGGUUGGGGCAAGGGCCUCCUGGGAAGGAAGGGACGGGAUCCGUGAGAACCCGAGUCCAGACCCCGAUACUGCCUGGCUAUGUGACCUGCGGCACGAGCUGAACAUUCUCCCGUCCUUAAACUAGGGCAGCGGUAACAGCCUCUCGGGCAGGUGCGGCGCUCCUCCCAGUGGGGGCUGCAGAUGGGAGAGAAAAGCCACCGAGUCGCCCUGCCGCGUCCCUCUCUGCCUGCAGGGGGCGCCAGGUGUCCAGGAAUUCGCGAGCGGGGCCCAGGGCCGCAGCGUAGCUCCG